AUGGGUUGCGUGAAUAGCACUGAUCAACAUGCUAAACAACGCUCAAAAGCAAUUGAUGAGCAGCUUAAACAAGAUCAGGAAAGGGCAUCGCGGGAAGUUAAGCUGCUUUUGCUUGGAGCUGGAGAGUCAGGAAAAAGUACCAUUGUCAAGCAGAUGAAAAUUAUUCACGAAACUGGAUAUAGUGAUGAAGAAAGAAAGCAAUACAAGCCUGUUGUGUUCAGUAAUACCAUCCAGUCAAUGGUAGCUAUUUUACGUGCUAUGGGUAAUCUUCGAAUUGAGUUUGGAGACCAACAGCGUAUUAGUGACGCUAAGCAAUUCUUCAACAUUAGCCAGAAUUGCGAUGAGCUCCCCCUAGAACUUGCUGCUGUAAUGAAGCGACUAUGGACAGAUUCAGGAGUUCAGGAAUGUUACUUUAGGUCAAGAGAGUAUCAAUUAAACGACUCUGCAUCUUAUUACUUAAACAAUUUGGAUAAAAUAUCUCAGCCUAAUUAUAUUCCAACACAGGAUGACGUCUUACGAACCAGAGUGAAAACAACAGGAAUAGUAGAGACUCAUUUUACUUAUAAAGAUUUACAUUUCAAAAUGUUUGAUGUUGGAGGGCAGAGAUCAGAAAGAAAAAAAUGGAUUCAUUGCUUUGAAGGAGUUACCGCUAUUAUAUUCUGUGUUGCAAUGAGUGAGUACGAUAUGGUGUUAGCAGAAGAUGACGAAAUGAAUCGUAUGGUAGAAUCUAUGAAACUUUUUGAUUCCAUUUGUAAUAACAAAUGGUUUACUGAAACAUCCAUAAUCUUAUUUUUAAAUAAGAAGGAUUUGUUCGAGGAGAAAAUAAAACGGUCUCCUUUAACUAUAUGUUUCCCUGAAUAUACAGGUCCAAAUUCGUUUGACGAAGCUGCAACUUACAUUCAACUACAAUUCGAAAACAUGAACAAGAGGCGAGAUGGCCACAAGGAAAUUUACACACACUUCACAUGUGCAACUGAUACUAAUAAUAUUCGAUUUGUAUUCGAUGCUGUCACAGAUAUUAUAAUUCGUGAGAAUUUGCGACAGUGCGGUUUGUUCUAA